GGGCUAAGAAGUUAGUAGGACAGGACGGCGGAUGGGAGGGGGAGCGAGGGAGGGGAAGUGUCACUGGAAAAUGCUUGCGUGUGUUGUUUGGGGGAGAGGCGAGGAGUUGGGGGUGAGGGGGCAGCAUGCAGGGCGGGAGAGGUGGCUGAGUGUGGAGUGGGGGGUGGGGGUGACAGGAGGGGGCCGGAAGCCAGGAGCAGCGUUGGUCACCGCCUUGGCCGCUGAAGACCGCGCUUCCCUGCGUCUCAUAGAUGAAAUAAUUUAAUAAAGUCUCCUCCAGCGGCAGCCCCUAAUUGGAUGACCCCCCGCCCCCUGCUACCCCCCCGCCGCCCCCCGUCGCCGCCAAUAAUGCUACUUGUUUCCCCGGCCCCUCCAGCCCCCUCCGGCGUCUCAUUGUUGCUCAAGUCGACUUUUGUGUGUAAUAUUCCGGCGUGGCGGCGAGCGGGUGGGCGGGGCCUCGGCGGCGGGGGCGCCCGGCCCCGACACCCACCAUUGGCGGGCGUGGCCGCCAUGCCGGGACGCGGCGCGCUCAUUGGUCCACUUUCUCGCACGUCUUGCAGAGUGUCGGCGGCGGUGUCGGUGAUUGGCUGAGGCCCCGGCGCUGGACGAGGUAAGCAGCGAUCACCGCCCUGAUUGUGGUAAUGUGCACCAACAACGACCAACUAAUCGCCAGCCAUUGGUCCAAAACACACCGUCAUCACCGGACCGGAAAAUUGCAAGUAGCGGGCCACAGCCGCCGCCAGCCCCGCGGGACCUCUGCCGCCGCCCCGUCGCCCCGCCGCCUCCCUGCCGACAAAAUACGCUGACGAGACCUAAGCGUCUUCCAUCGCCGAUUCACUGAGAUUGUGCCUGAGUAGUGCGGCGGCGGCACCGCUCACCACCAGCGGGAGGACAGCACCACCACCACAACCACCCGACACUACCAGCAGGAACAGCAGGAGCUAGAGCGCCGCAGAGCAUCGUGGGCCAGCAGGAGGCAGCGUGCGACAUGGAGCUACUGCGGGAGAAGCGAGACUCGGGCUUGCUGGAGAGCGCCUCGCCCUCUCGCGCCACCACGUCCUUCCUCAUCGACGACAUCCUCUUCCACAGGCCCAAGCGCGGGUGUGGGCGGACUGAGGGAGGCGCAGAGGAAGGCAGCAGUGAGGACAGCCCUUGGAUGAGACUCAACCCGCAGCUGUACCCCGUGACCUCGCGUGACCUGACCACCGUGAGCUCCUCCAUGGUGCGCGCGUCCUUCAGUGAGUCCUACGCCGCCGCCGCAGCCGCUGCCGCCGGAGUCCUGCCCUCCACAGCCGCCGCCGCUGCUGCCGCCGCCGCCGCCUACCUACACCCCCACCCUUACCUGCACAAGCCCGAGACCCACUUCUUGUUCCCAGGCGCAGGUCUGGGCUUCGGCGGGUUGUUCGGGGGCGGCGAGGGCGCGCUGAAGGCCUGCCGCCGGCGGAAGGCGCGCACGGUGUUCAGCGACCACCAGCUGGGCGGCCUCGAGAAGCGGUUCGCAGCGCAGCGCUAUCUCUCCACGCCGGAGCGGGUCGAGCUGGCCACCUCCCUCAACCUCUCAGAGACGCAGGUCAAGACGUGGUUCCAGAAUCGCCGCAUGAAGCACAAGAAGCAGCUUCGGAAACACACGGACGACAAGGCCUCCACCACCACCUCCGCCGCCGCCUCCUCCACCACCACCACCGCCGCCGCAGCCUCCUCUUCCUCCUCCUCCUCCUCGUCCUCCUCCUCCUCAUCCAGUAGUAGUGGCGGGGACAGGGAGGGGAGGGGGAGUCACCUGGUGGGGGGAUCCAGUCAGAUGGAGCACCCCCACCACAACGCCCCCCACCACCUGCACCACCCCCACCCCGGCUCCCCCCUCGACACAGCCCCGUCGCCAGGCACGCCCCUCCCGCGAGACAGCGACCUCUCCCACUCCGAGUACGAGGACGAGAUCGACAUAGUGGGGGUGCCCGCUGACCUGCGACACACCCACGGCGCCCGCCCACACCCACAGGCCGCCCACUAGGCCCACUCAUCCACCGACUAACCUAACCUAACUUAACCUAACCUGACCCUCACCCAACCAGUCUGCCUUUCUUAAUUAACUUUACCUUACUUACCUCCCCUCCACCUUUCUCACCUGAGUCUACUUGUUCCUGAGUCACUCUCCCCUCUCUCCUCUUCCAUUUCUCCCAUUCCCUCUCCCUUAGUGAUGUUACGCACCCCCUCCUCCUUUCUCUUCCUCUCCCUCUCGGUCCCUCUCCCUCGCCAUCUCUCUCCCUAACAGUUGUAUGCUUAAGGAUUUCACGUCGUGUUUUAAGGAAUUUCCACGUGUUCUGAGGUUUCAUGAGAAUUGUGGAUAUGAUAAAUGCUCUUCUUCUAUCUCUAUCUAUCUAUUUAAUUUAUCUUUCCCCUUCUAUCUCUCUAUCUACAACUUACUCUGAGGUUUCAUGAGAAUAUGGAUAUGGUAAAUACUCUCACUAUCUAUCUUUAUCUUUCUAAUCUAUCUUUCUAUCUAUCUAUCUAUAUAUCGUGUGACUCCCUCCCUGGGUCGGAGUAUAAAACAAAGGUCCGUGGACUCUCCCCCCGGUCCCUUUGCUCGAGGUUUCCAGUCCAUUCUAGUCUGUAGUCUCUAGUCCGUCAGUUCAGAGUCUGGUCUUGCGAGUCUAGUCCCCGUUAGGUUUCUUUCCGUCGCCAUUUUUGUUAAUGAUGAACGAAUUUUAUAAACUAACUAUACAUAUAACUCAAUAGUCUAUGAUACCUGUACGUAGAGAUAUCAGGGAAAUGUGUGUGUGUGUGUGUGUGUGUGUGUGUGUGUGUGUGUGUGUGUGUGUGUGUGUGUGUGUCCCUCUCUCUCUCCUACCCUGCCGAAGCCCUUUCAUCCCUAUCCCUGUCCAUCCCUUCCUCCUUUACCCCCAUCCAUCCCUUCAGCAAUCUAGUCAGCACCACAAGUAAACAUGGGCGAGAUAUUGUACAAAGCGAGACAAUUGUUCCUUAUUCACAUUAUUUUGUUGUCCUAUAAUUAUUCCUUCCUUGCUUGCUUCCUACCUCCCUUUCUUUAUAUUUUUUUCGUUUCCUCCCUUGCUUCCUCCCUUCCUUUGGUCCUUUCGUCUUUCUAUACAAACAGCGACUUGUGAAUGUUGUGUGCGUGAUGCUGUCUGUCUGUGCGGCGUCAAUUAGUGAUCUCUCUUAAAUUUCCACAAGAAGCUUUUAUUAGUCAAGUUUUUUUCCGCCUCACCAACUUUCCUCUCACUGAAAGUCCUUUUGAAAGCCGCCGCAAUGUUGUAUCUCUUAAUUUCUAUCGUCUAUCGAUGUCUUCAUGCUAGCUGCUCUUUCGAACCUGCUAACUACACGCCUCCACCCCCCACCCACCCACCCCGCGGCCCCGCAGCACAAAACUUUUUACUCUAGGUCACCCUUAAGCUAUCCAAAUACCUGAUGCAAGGGUUAAUCUUUAUUCUUUCAUUUCCUCCUUUCCUCAUUAUUAAGACUUGAACGCUUCCAACAGGGAGGAUCAAGACGCAGUGCUUUAUUAUUUUCUCUCUGUCUGUUUCGCUCGAUCUGGAAGAACGUUUUUAUUAUUACGGUGAUUAACUACUAUCUAUCAUAAUUAUCAAUAUUAUGUUUGUAUAGUAUUGUUUCUAAAAUUAUCUAUUUCUCAGUCAUAAUUGAUAUUGUUUUUAAUAAUUAGAUAUUAUUAUUUUCCUUAUUGUUAUCAUUAUCAUUAUCAUCAUUAUUAUUGUCAUUAUCAUUACUAUCAUCAUCAUCAUCAUCAGACGUUCAUUUAGCAAAGGUUCUUAACAACAGUAGAGCAGCCAAAGGCAUUUUUAGCGCCGCAUAACCUCUUUUUACUAUUAUUUUUCUUACUCUUUGUUAGUCUGUUGUAAUCAGGACGAGAGGAUUAUACACACGCUUGAAAAAUGGCCACAGAAUAAAAUGUUGGCGUGGAUCAUUACUACAUUGUUGUGUGUGGAG